CUUCCAGCAAACUGAGCUGCUGCUCACUCUGGUCUGCCUUGACCCCCUGCACCGAGGAGGCAGGAUGCAACCCGAAUUUUGGCUGGGGAUCAGCACCCUGGCAGCAGUGCUGAGCACAGCCCUGCUGGAGAAUGGAGUCUGCCGGGCACCAGAUGGCAAGGAUGGCUUCCCUGGAGUGCCUGGCCGUGAUGGGAGGCCAGGGCAGAAGGGUGACAUGGGAGAGCCAGGGAAACCAGCGCCAAGGACGGGCAUCCAGGGACCCAAAGGGGAUGCAGGUGACCCCGGCCCUCCUGGCAUUCCAGGGAACCGCGGCCUCCCUGGCCUCCCUGGCGUCACUGGGAUGCCAGGGCUGCCAGGGUUCAAGGGGGAGAAGGGGCUACCCGGCAAUACCCUGGAGCAGCCACGCCCUGCCUUCUCCGCCUCGCGGAGGUCCCCGCCGUCCAUGGGCAGGACGGUGGUGUUCGACAACAUCAUCACCAACGAGGAGAACUCCUACAGCCCCCAGACGGGGCAGUUCACCUGCCGCAUCCCCGGGCUCUACUACUUCGCCUACCAGGUGGUCUCCAGCGGGGACCUGUGCCUGAGCAUCACCAAGAACAGGGAGGAUGUCGUCAGCUUCUGCGACAACAACAGCGUCGGCAUCCUGCAGGUGAACUCGGGCAGCAGCGUCCUCAGCCUGGCCCCGGGCGACCAGGUGUCCGUGACCACCCACCCCGCCCGGGGCAGCUCCAUCUACAGUGGCUCCGAGGCUGACAGCGUCUUCAGCGGCUUCAUGCUCUUCCCACAGACAGUGGCACGAGUGCAGGUCUCGCUAGACAGCCAAGAAAGUGCUCACUCAGCAGAAACAGCCAGGCAGAAGGAUGUGAAACUCUGCUGGGGACAGCUGGGGGUUCUGGGUCCCCAAGGGCCUUUCCCAAAUCUGCAGCUUCCUCUAACCAAAAUGGAGCAGAGAUUCUGGGAGCAGCUCAGUCUGGCCCUCACCCUCCUCCUCCUGCAUGUGGGCUCUGCUGUGAAUGGAGAUGCCCCUCACAACUGCUAUGGAGCUCCAGGCCUGCCAGGAAUGCCGGGUAUGCCAGGCAAGGACGGCCGGGAUGGGCUGAAGGGAGCCAAAGGGGAGCCAGGUAUCCCAGCUCCUCCUGCAGUGCAAGGGCCCAAGGGCAUGAAAGGGGAACCGGGCAGCCCUGGCUUGCCAGGCAAGAAGGGUCCCAGUGGCCUUCCUGGUCCCGCUGGAGACCCUGGGGUGAUAGGCCUGCCUGGAGAGCCAGGAAUGCCAGGCAGCUACAAGCAGAAGCACCAGUCAGCGUUCUCAGUGACGAGGCAGACCAAGGAGCACCCCUUGAGGAACGUCCCUGUGAUUUUCAACCACGUCAUCACCAACACCAACCACGACUACAACACCACCACGGGCAAGUUCACCUGCAAACUCCCCGGGCUCUACUACUUCGUCUUCCACACCUCGCAGACAGCCAACCUCUGCACCAUCCUGCACAAGAACCAGAGGAGGAUGGCCAGCUUCUGUGACCACAAGACCAACACCAUGCAGGUCAGCUCGGGGGGGCUCCUGCUCCACCUGGCUGCUGAGGACCAGGUCUGGCUGGGAGUGAACGACUACAACGGCAUGGUGGGCAUCGCCAACUCUGACAGCAUCUUCUCAGGGUUCCUGCUCUUCCCAGACGUUCAGCCAGGUGUCCUGGGGCUGCAGCAGCCCCUUUGCCAUGACCUGGCUGUGGAAAGUGUCAAUAAAUCCUUCCCCAGUGCACCUGAGAGCACUCGUGGAGGAUGUGAAACUGCCACGGACAAAAGGGCAGGAGCUAAAGAUAAAAAAACGGGAUGUGUCCCAGAUCCUUUCACAAUAACUCCUGCAGCCAACUUCUGCUUCUCCUCGCAGGCAUUUCCAAGCAGGACGCUGGUGUGUCCCACUCCACCUCCCCACCCAAGCAACAAGGAGCUCAAGAUGUGGAUCGUGUGGGUGAUGCUGAUCUGCCUGGCUGAAGGGCAGCUUGCCAGUGCCACACUCUGCAAGACCUACGGCACCAUCCCAGGCAUCCCAGGCUCACCAGGACGACCUGGCAGCAAUGGCAGAGAUGGGGAGGAUGGCCCAAAGGGCGAGCAAGGACCUCCUGGUCGGGCGGAGCAUGAAGGAGACCUGGGGGAGAAGGGAGACCCGGGAGAGCCGGGGUACCCGGGGAAGGUCGGCCCCAGGGGCCCACCAGGUGCCAGGGGAUUACCAGGUCUCAUCGGAUUACCUGGCCCGCCGGGGGACUCUGGAGACUACCAGGCCACCCUCAAGUCUGCCUUCUCCGCUGCCAGGAGCAUCAGCACCUACCCCCGCCGGGAGCAGCCCGUCCGCUUCGACCGCGUCGUCACCAACGAGAGGGGCCACUACGAGAACCGCUACGGCCGCUUCCUCUGCCGCGUCCCCGGCAUCUACUACUUCACCUACCACGUCACCUCCAGGGGCAACCUCUGCCUCAGCUUCAAAAAGGGGCGAGGCGGCAGCAGGGGGGAGAAGGUGGUGACCUUCUGUGACUACGUGCACAGCAGCUUCCAGGUCACCACGGGCGGCGUGGUCCUCAAGAUGGCAAUGAACGAGUCUGUCUGGCUGGAGCCCACGGAGAAGAACUCCCUGGUGGGGAUCGAGGGGUCCGACAGCAUCUUCUCCGGCUUCCUCGUCUUCCCUGAGGCUUAG